AUGGCGCAUCGCAUCGUCACUCAGAUCGUCUUCACCGGCGCCCGAGUCUUCGGCCGCGCCUUCGCCGAAGCAUACAAGCAGGCAGCUGCGUCACAAAAACAUGCGGCCUCAUCGGGAACCGCAGGAAACACACUUUCAUCAUCCGGCUUGACACUACAAGAAGCGUGUCAAAUUUUGAACGUCUCGCCACCGAAAGCUGGCCAAACAGAUGUCACCAGGAUCCACGAGCAAUUUAAGCGAUUAUUCGACAUGAACGACCCGAAGAGGGGCGGGAGCUUUUACCUUCAGAGUAAAGUGCUAAGGGCACGAGAGAGGAUAGAGAUGGAGGUACGUGUUGCAGAAGAGGCGCGGCUUCGUGAGCAAGAGUUGAAAGAAGGGUGGAAGCCGAAAUUGUAUCGCGAUCGGUGA